AACAAAUUCUGAUGAUACACCUAAACAGAUAAUUUCACAAAAUGAGAAUAUUUCGAAAUCUGAUAUAUCUGAUAAUGCUUCAAAUUCUGAUGUAUGUCAGGAGUCUUCGCCUCAGCCGGAGGCUGGCUCACGCCAAUACACCACAUCACCUAUUUGCACAGAGACUAAAUCAUCAGAUGACAAGGAGAUGGAUAACUUUCAUUAUUCAAUAUAUAAGGAAAGGGGAGAAGAAAUUACGAGAUCAAAGAUUGAUACAAAAAUACCUUCUUCUGAAAAUCCUACAACUGAAAUUUCUCCAGAUAUUGCAUUUACUCUUUCUCAUGACCAGAAAAAUAUUCAAUCGGAAUCGGCGGGGCCAGCACGGCCAAAAACUUCUGCUAAAUUAGAACCAACACCUAUAAAUUAA